UCAGAAACGAAUUCCUACACAUACUUGAUAUUGGUUAAAGAUAGGACUAAUAAAUAUAUAAACAAAAGAUUUCUUUGUGUCAUGCAUUAUUCACAAAGCCUCCGAGUACUUUUCCUCAAGAAAGCUAUUUUCUCCAUAACACUAAACACCAAGAAGUAAGAGAAGCUGGCGUACUACUACGACUCAGACGACGAUGAAGGCCUUCACUUUGAGCCCGAGGACGACGAAGUCAUCAACGACCAUCUUAUUCCCAAGUUAAAAGGUAAAUAUGCCUAUGGAGACUACAUAGUGAUGAAGAAUGUUUACGCAAAGGAGCCAUGGUUGCUUGACCAUACCAAAGAUACUUUUUUCAACGAAGACGAGUGGUACUACUUCGUGACAAGGACUCAAGUCUCUGAGAAGAACAUUGAUUGUGGUAAGAAGGCGAAGCGGAAGAUCAUCACAGACAGCGGUUGCUGGGGUUGGAACGCAAAAAGCAAGAAAGAAGAUAUCACCGACAAGAAAACAGGGGAGAUCAUUGGGACAAAGCGAACCCUAACUUUUGGUAAAAGCAAGAAGAAGAAGAAGAAGAAGCAAAAGACAGAAGAUGGUGCUGCUUCUUGUGCUAUUGUUCCUGGCAGCGACAGCAGAUGGAUUAUGACAGAGUAUAGGCUUAAAGAAGCAAAAGGAGAUAAGAAUUUUCAGAAGCUAGUCAUCUGCAAGAUUCGUGAGAUCAAGACCAAGAAAAACCAUCAUAAGUGUUUUUCUAACUUGUCGCAGCAGCCGGUCAAUACUGGUCAUGAGUCCGUUCUAGCUUCUUCUUCCUCGCACCAGCAGAAGCAGCUGAUCAAUGAAGUUCAUCGUCGUGAUCCGUAUAUUCCGAGCAUAGGAUCAGAAAAUAAUGAUCAAGUGAUCUUCUGCAAGAUUCAAGAAAAUAUGAAGGACGACCAUGAUGCUCAUCAUCCUGAGUUUGUUCUAGCUUCUUCCUUGGAGCAGAAGCCGAUCAAUGAGGCUCAUCAUCAUCAUCAUCAUUUGGAGAUUACGCUCACAGGAUUACAAAAUAACGAUCAAGUGAUGAGAACUUGUCUUACUGAAGAUGAAAGUGCUACUGUGGAUGAGAGAAACAAAGAGUAUAAUCAACUUCACAUUGAUGCUCCUCUUGCUUGUCUUGGAUCAGAACAAGAACCUGAAGAAGAAGAAACAGACAGGUACCAAUGUUUGGAGGAUGGUGUCGUUCUGAUUUACUAUAGGCCACCAUGGAUGGAUCAGGACUUGCUUGAUCAGUACGCUUCUCUCCGCCCCAAAAAUUACUCGAAGAAAUAUACGAAUCUUGGAGAUGAAGAUUUAUGAUAUCGUUGCUAAUAUUUCUAUUAGAAUAGCUCUCGAAGAUUUUCUAUUUUUUUUUUUUGUUCUUUUUCAGCAACUAAGAACGCAUUCGUUUUAAAAGAAAAACAACAAAAAGUUUUUUAGUCUUAGUGUUUCAAGCGUGAGAGAUUGUUUUGUAAGUGUAAUUUACAUGAACCCUAAGAUCUUUGGACAUCAAGACUAAUCCCAUAAUAGAAUCAUAAGAAGAGUAAUAGGGUACCUCCAGCAGUGGAGAGAUCUUCUUUAAGGGUUUCUUGAACCGAAGAUAGAAAAUCGAUCUUUAGAUGUGAGGUAUGGUUUCU